CCAGUCCAGCGGCAGCAGUAAGAAGAGGAGCAGAGCACUGAGCUGAGCUCCUCCUCUUCCUCUCACUGUAAACUGACUGUAAACUUCCCGACAGUCACAUCAGCUGGACUCUGUGUUUGUGCAGCAGCUGCGAGGAGGAAGCGCUGUGUCUAUCUCACACACACACACACGGACACACACACACUCACAGUACUGCAUGUUAUAAAGAGAACAUGGCCCCAAAGAGACGAGCUGCUGCUGCCAGGGCUGGAGGCAAGAAGGUGAAGAAGGAGCCCGAGACUCCGAAGCCCAAAGAUGCCUUCACCUCAGCCAAGGAGGCCCUGCUGGCUGCAGGGCCACAGGUGAAGGGCAGGAGGAAGGUGGACGAGCACUGCUCACUGUCUGGAUCUGGAGAGGUACAUGAGGACUACGACUGCAUGCUGAACCAGACCAAUGUUGGACAUAACAAUAACAAGUUUUAUGUCAUUCAAGUCAUUGAAGCAGACAAUGAAUACCAUACGUGGAACAGAUGGGGUCGAGUGGGGGAGGUGGGACAGUCCAAACUAAACACGUUUGACAAGCCUGAACAGGCCGUCAAAGACUUUGAGAAAAAGUUCAAGGACAAGACCAAGAACAACUGGAGUGAUCGCAUGAGUUUUGUGUCUCACUCUGGGAAGUACACUCUGAUUGAGGUGGAUGGAGAGCAGGACGCCGAGGUGAAGGUGGACAGUGUGGAUGGAAAGUCAGGCAAAGAUACUAAAAAUGUUCUACCUUGUACACUUGAUGCAGCAACAAAAGACCUCAUCCAGCUUAUUUUCAGUAAUGACAUGUUCAAGGAGGCGAUGGAAUGUAUGAACUUAGACAUCAAGAAAAUGCCGCUGGGAAAACUCAGUAAGCUGCAGAUCGCAAAGGGCUUUGAUGUGUUGGAGGAAAUCGAGGCGGCCAUGGGCAAAAAAAACGGAGCAGCCCGUCUGGAGGAACUUUCCUCCAAGUUCUUCACCACAGUCCCACACAACUUUGGACGGAACAGGCCACCAACCAUCAAUUCUAAAGAGAUAGUGGAGAAGAAGAAAGAGAUGCUCAUGGUGCUGGCUGACAUCGAGCUCGCCCAGACUCUGAAGUCAGAGACCGAGAAGGCUCAGGAAGAGAUGAUAGAGACAGUUCCUCACCCUCUCGACCAAGACUACACUUCUCUUAAAUGCAAGCUCGAGUUAAUGGACAAGGAUACGGAAACUUUCAAGAUCAUAGAAACUUACCUGAAAGUGACGGCAGGUAAUUAUCGUAAACCAAAAAUUAUCAACGUUUGGGAAGUUGAUCGAGAGACAGAGGGAGAGCGCUUUAGUGAAAAUGAUAACCUAGAGAACCGCCGUCUGCUGUGGCACGGUACAAACAUCGCAGUGGUGGCAGCGAUCCUGAAGAGCGGUCUGAGGAUUAUGCCUCAUUCAGGAGGCCGAGUUGGUCGUGGCAUCUAUUUUGCAUCUGAAAACUGCAAGUCUGCAGGUUACGUGCGCACCUCUAAAAACACCGGAGUGAUGUUUCUGAGCGAGGUGGCCCUCGGCAAAGAGUGCACCAUUACCAAAGAUGACAGUUCCCUGAAGAAGGCUCCUGCAAGUUAUGAUAGUGUGGUGGCUCGAGGAUCAGUGGAACCAGAUCCCUCUAAGGACAUCUUCAUCACCCUGGACGGCAAGGAAGUUUCUGUCCCUCAGGGCAAGCCCAUACCUCAGCCCCAGUUCUCAGACAGCCACUUCUGCAACAGCGAAUACCUCAUCUACAAAGAGAGUCAGUGUCGCCUCCGCUAUCUGCUGGAGCUGAAGAUGUAGUAUGAAUUCAACCGGAGGAAAGAGGCAGGUCCUUUGAAAGAGAAAUACUCUUCAACCUUAACAUAUAUGGGGGUGCUGAAAAAGCUUGGCUAUGAGAUCUCCUAAUCUAAUAUGGUUAUUGUCUUCAUUAUUAGUCAUUGUGUAGAUAUUCCUUCCAUUAAUGGUGGUACUUCUCUACUACUUCCUGUGCCUUAUAUUUUGCACACUGUAAAACUAUCAAACAUAUACAGGUUGACAGGCUUGGUCAUAAACUGCAAAGCUUCACAUUGCAUUUAGUUUUUCUUUUACCUUGACAGAGAAGAUGUCUUUUCACCAUUAGCCUAUCGGUAUAUUUAUCCACAUCUUGACUUGUAAACACCUAAAAGGCCUCUAAAUGCUUGCACUUUUUUGAUUUUGAAUUUCAUGAAGCACCUAGUGUUUUAUUUUUGCUUCUCGGUUCAGUUCUUUGAGUAGC